UCUCAGAAGAGCUGAAGAAGCCAAAGAAGACUUGGCAAGUCGCCAUGACAAAAUUGAGUUCCUUCUUUCAACAACUUUUCCAAUGGAAGCUUCGACUAACCCCAUUACCUCUAAACCCAUGCUUUCUCUUUCCUUCAUCCAUUUGGGGAGACAGAAGAAACUUUAAAAAGAAAGAAGAAAAGGAAGCUAAAACGGCAGCAGAAUGGCCUGCUAUAUGCCCUUCAACAACAGAAAUUUGGAUAUUUGCUUUUUCGUCUUCAGGCCAACAGUUGUGUUGGUGGAUGAAUUUGUUGACUCUCUAAAACAUUUCUCUUUGUGCACUGAGUCUCUUGGUUGUGUGCAGAACUCCAUUCUUAAGAGCAUCCAUGGAAAUUUGAUCAUAUGGUAUGGAGCAUGGCUGAAGAAAUCUUGUGAAAACAAAGAGUUAUUAAGUGCUAGCCUUAUCACAAUGCUAAGCAAUAUGUCAAGCAUGGCUAUCUUAAUGGAGCACAGCUUCUUCGAUGCGUAUGCCGGCGAAUCAAGAGACGGCUCCUCGGCGGCAAGAUUUUACACCGGCGACACGGUCUCGAUGAUUGCGGCGAUCGCCUCUACAGGCGACAUAGACGACCUCUCUUAUGCAUGCUUAACAUUAUUCAAAGCUCGGUUUCUAAAGAUGGAAGGUGCAGCAGCAGGGGUGUGCCUGAGAUGCCAAAGCAAGCCAAGAGUGGCAUGCCUAUAUGUGUGGAAGUCUCAGCAAUUUUGUUACUCAUGGAUAAUUAACUCAGACCAGAGAAGGUCAAUGCUGCCCUAUUUUGAUAGGUUUUCUCUUGAUAUCAAGUAUGACAUCUAUAGGGUGGUCUAUGUUAGUGGUGACAUUGUAGUGAAUUUUCAAGCUACCUCUCCUACUUCAAUGUUAGGAAAUGGAGAAAGCAAAGAAGGGCAGGUCAUGUAAAAUUGAAAAAAAA